GGUACACUGACUCCACCUCUUGCUAUUUCCUUCUCUUUCAAGAUUUAUCGGUUUCCAAGUUUCUUCCUUGUUUAGGAAAAAAAAAAGGCAGAGACAUUUGUAGUUGAAGAGAGAUUAUGAGAUUGUUUCUUGUUUAGUGGUGGUAAUGAUAUACAUCGGGACCGUCAGGCAGGAGGAGUUGAAAAUCGAUUUAAUUCGGUCAGGGGCGCAGCUCUGACUUAAAUAAUGGCCAAAGAGUACAAUGGAUCACCAAAGCAUCAUCAGCUGCUGGAACUAAAGAGGAAGCGUCUCACCUGGAUUCUAGGGGUGAGUGGCCUCUGCAUCUUAUUCUACAUUCUUGGGGCUUGGCAGAACACUACGUCUGCACCAUCCAACCGAUCUGACGUCUAUAAUAGAGUGGGUUGCGAUGUUGGAACCCCAGCAGCUGCCGCUCAUGAUUAUACCGUCUCAUCAUUGUCGUCGUCGUCAUCAUCAUCACCAGUCACCCUGGACUUCAAAAGUCAUCAUCAGCUGGAAGUCAAUGAUUCAGACGCACAGCACAAAAUCCCGCCCUGUGAUAUGUCCUACAGUGAGUAUACGCCCUGCGAAGAUCCUUUGAGGAGCAGAAAAUUUGAGCGGAGCAUGCUGAAAUACAGACAGCGACAUUGCCCCACCAAGCAGGAGCUCCUCCUUUGCCUCAUACCUGCUCCCCCAAAAUACAAGACCCCUUUUAAAUGGCCUCAGAGCAGAGACUAUGCCUGGUAUGACAACAUUCCCCAUAGAGAGCUAAGCAUUGAAAAGGCCGUUCAGAACUGGAUCCAAGUCGAGGGUGAUCGGUUCCGAUUCCCAGGGGGUGGCACCAUGUUCCCUCGUGGAGCUGAUGCCUAUAUUGAUGACAUCAAUGAUCUCAUCCCUCUUACACAAGGAAGCAUCAGGACCGCACUUGAUACAGGAUGUGGGGUUGCGAGUUGGGGUGCAUUCCUGUUAAAAAGGGACAUCCUGGCUAUGUCUUUUGCACCAAGGGAUACGCAUGAAGCGCAGGUCCAAUUUGCAUUGGAGCGGGGAGUUCCUGCUAUGAUUGGAAUCAUGUCUUCACGCAGAAUUCCUUACCCUGCCAGGGCGUUUGAUAUGGCUCACUGCUCCCGUUGCUUGAUUCCUUGGGACAAAUAUGAUGGAAUGUAUCUGAUUGAAGUGGACAGAGUUCUACGGCCUGGGGGUUACUGGAUUCUGUCUGGCCCUCCUAUCCGCUGGAAGAAAUACUGGCGAGGUUGGGAAAGAACCCAGGAAGACUUGAAACAAGAGCAGGAUGCUAUAGAAGAUGUCGCCAGGCGCCUCUGCUGGUCCAAAGUGGUUGAAAAGGAUGAUCUUGCUGUAUGGCAAAAGCCCAUCAAUCACGCCGAGUGCUUUAGCAGCAGGAAGCUUUACAAGACACCACUUAUAUGCAAGUCUGACAAAGCAGAUGCGGCCUGGUACAGAGAUAUGGAAACCUGCGUAACCCCACUGCCAGAAGUAAGCACCUCAGAUGAAGUUGCAGGCGGAGCGUUAGAGAAAUGGCCUGAGCGUGCGUUGGCUGUUCCUCCCAGAAUAGCCCGCGGUGCAACAUCGGGCAUCACCUCUGAGAAAUUCCAAGAGGACAAUGAGUUGUGGAAGCACAGGGUAACACAUUACAAGCGAAUAAUUAGCCCAUUAUCCCAGGGCAGAUACCGGAAUAUAAUGGACAUGAAUGCUUUUCUAGGGGGAUUUGCUGCAGCCCUUUUGAAAUAUCCGGUGUGGGUUAUGAAUGUCGUUCCUGUUAACUCAAAUCAGGACACUCUGGGUGUGAUCUACGAGCGAGGCUUCAUCGGGACGUACCAGGACUGGUGUGAGGCGUUCUCCACAUAUCCAAGAACUUACGAUCUCAUCCAUGCGGGCAGCGUGUUUAGCAUAUAUCAAGACAGAUGCGAUAUUACCUACAUUCUGCUGGAGAUGGAUAGAAUUCUGAGGCCAGAAGGGACAGUUAUAUUCAGGGAUGUUGUGGAGGUCCUUGUGAAGAUCAAGAGUAUAACAGAGGGAAUGAGAUGGAAGAGCCAGAUCAUGGACCACGAAAGUGGACCAUUUAAUCCGGAAAAGAUUCUUGUUGCCGUCAAAAGUUAUUGGACCGGUGAACCUACACAAAACCAACACUAGCAUUAAAUAAGUUCCCGUGCAGAUCUACUGUUUAGAGCUAUUGGCUGAAAUCUUUUCUUUCUGGGCCACCACAUCCACCGCUGGGAGGGUACAUUUCCUGCCAAGUGGGAGGAAAGAAGAGUUAGGUUUUUUUUUUUUAAACUUUUAAAACUUUUUUUCUUAUAACUCUUGUUUUGAUAUUUGGGGUGGAGAAAUUGCAUAAAAGAGAAUUCAAGAA